GUGCUGGGAGACAUCAAGCGACUGUGGCUCCGGCUGUGUCAGCUGCAGACAGAGGGCGACCAGCUGGCGAGUCCAGCGGUGCCGCUAGGGUCGCCGCGAAAGCAGCGACGCUUCACGGCCGACUCCAGCGACUCAGAGGCCGUGGAGGAAGUGCCCGAAAGGGAGCGUGCCCUGCUCGGCUACGCCACGGCGCUGCGGCCGGAGCGGGCCAAGGCCGUGCUGUCGAUGCUGUACCUGCUGAUGGUGACGUGGAUCACCUCCUUCGUCAUGGUCAUCGUGCACGACCGUGUGCCGGACAUGAAGAAGUACCCGCCGCUUCCUGACAUCUUCCUCGAUAACAUACCGCACAUUCCGUGGGCUUUCGGCAUCUGCGAGCUGAUCGGCACGACGCUGUUGCUGAUUUGGGCCGGUGUGCUUCUAGUGCACAAACACAGAUUUAUCCUGAUCCGUCGCUUCAACUCUCUGUGCGGCACGGUGUACCUGCUCCGCUGCAUCACAAUGCUCAUCACUUCACUCUCUGUACCUGGCACUCAUCUCACCUGCGCUCCCCGGGCCUACGGAGACCUGCACGCCAAGCUGCAGCAGGCCUACAGCAUCUGGCUGAACGCCGGCCUCAGCAUUCAGGGCGUGCGCUCGUGCGGUGACUACAUGUUCUCGGGCCACACCGUGGCGCUCACCAUGCUCAACUUCUUCAUCACCGAAUACACGCCGCGCAGGAUCUACUUCCUGCACACGUUCACCUGGCUGCUGAACGUGUUCGGCGUGUUCUUCAUCCUGUCGGCGCACGAGCACUACUCGAUCGACGUGUUCAUCGCCUUCUACAUCACGUCCCGCCUGUUCAUGUACUACCACACGCUGGCCAACAACCAGGUGACGCGGAAGCGCGCCGACGAGAAGCGCACGCGCAUCUGGUUCCCGCUGUUCAGCUACUUCGAGGCGAAUGUGCACGGCACGGUGCCGAACGAGUUCGAGUGGCCGGUGACGGUGGCCUGGCUGCGCGCGGCGGCCGGCGCGCUGGUCGAGCAGCUCUGGGGGCGCGCCUCGCAGCUGCGCCCCGCCGUGGCCGCCGUCAACGGCAAGAAGCCGCCGUCCGCCAGGAAGAACAGGCAGAGGCGGUGAUGGCGUCCAGCGUCCGGUCGCUGCUCGUGUGUUGGUAGCGACGUCUGCGUCACUGCUCGUGUGGUGACGACGACGUCGGCGUCACUGCCCGGGUGGUGACGACGACGUCUGCGUCACUGCUCGUGUAGUGACGACGACGUCUGCGUCGCUGCUCGUGUGGUGACGACGACGUCUGCGUCACUGCCCGGGUGGUGACGGCGACAUCCAGAGCAUGGCUGGUGGAAGCUGGUGAUGUGCGAACACCAGCCGGCUGUGCGAGCUUGUGACGUUCAAACGUUCGCUGGGCAUUUUGCUUGCUUAUGAAUCACCAUGAUGGUUGUGCUUGUGCUUUGUGCUGUGCUUUUUUGAGAGGGUCUCUGGUGAUGCUUUUCGAUUCCAAAGUAAGGCUGAUAACAAGCGACCUUUGAAAUUAAAUUUGGAUUGGUUGACAGCGUCGUUAAUCUCGGCUGUUAUAUGUUAUGACAUUCGAAAUCUGGUUUGAGUUGCCAGUGAUGCCCAAGGUCCCAUUUUUGAGUGGUGACCUCUUGAAUCGCCGUAAUUGUAUGCCGAAGCCGACCGUGCGCACGCACGACCCUGCGGCGACGUCCAUUGCUGGCUGCAUGUUGUGGAAAGUGUGUUCUAAUGUGGGAAGAGAUGCGCGACCGCUCGCUCCCAUGAUCAACACUCUGGUGGGUUGCAACCAGAGGCACAGAGAAGCGCGACAGUGUGAAUUGGCCUUGUGUUUGAACAGGCGACUCCAGUGAUAAAGCUUUAUAACCUGACAUUGCUCAAGGACACUAUCAAUCAUAUUUUUGCAAUGUCGUUCUACCAUAGUCAAAUUAAUGGGAGUAAGCGCUAUUUUAUGAUACAGUGAGGUGAGGCGUGGGCGACGUAGUAUGGCCGGUGCACGAGAGAUUGUGACCCGCCGUAGUGUACCCUGUGCACGAGAGGUAGUGACCCGCCGUAGUGCACCCGGUGCACGAGAGGUAGUGACCCCCCGUUUGGCGUGUUUGCCGAUACAAAGGAACACGAUCGCACGCCUCGGGCAAGUGAUGUUUUCGUAAGUUGUUCAGUGCAUUAGCGAGGAAUAUUAUUCACAUGGACAAGACAGUGGUAUUAGCCCUGUUCCUCGGAGAAAACCAGGAGA